CGGCCAGCACAAAAGCGCCAAAAUCUUCAAUAUUGCGUCCGUUUAAAUUUAGUUUAAAAACAGCAAUAUUUUGGUGGGAAAAGUUUACUGCUCUAACAUCUAAAUCAAUGGUAGGUCGCAGUCAUGGAUACUUUGGCGAAAAAGUUAUUUUCCGCUUCUGAUGAUGAAGGUGAAAGCACAAAUGGCGAAAAAGAAAUACCUAACAUACGUCAAAGAAAGGAGCCUAUGAAAGUAUUUUUAAGAAUUAGGCCUUUUACUGCCAAAGAGAUAAGUGCUAAAGAAAAUCAAGGUUGCAUCAAGUCGAAAAACUAUGAAUCAGUCGAGCUUCAUGCUCCAACAGACUCAUUCUCUUUCAAAUCAAGUACUCGUGGCUUGUCUAACCAAAGCUAUGAGUUUUCAUUUACACACGUUUUUCAAGACAAUACACAACAAAAGGAAUUUUUUGACGAAACUAUGUUACCAUUUGUCAAAGACAUUUUAGAUGGUCAGAAUGGCUUAGUGUUUACAUAUGGAGUAACUAACUCUGGAAAGACAUACACUAUACAAGGGUCACCAAAAGAUGGUGGCAUUUUGCCAAGGGCAUUGGAUGUAAUAUUUAAUAGUGUAUCUAAGAAGCUUUACACUCGUGCAAAUUUAAAACCUAAACACUGCCAUGAUAUUAUACGUUUAAGUGAACAGGAGGAAAACAGAGAAGAUAACAUCCGCAAUGCCAUAUUUCAUGCUAAUGACAAGGAGAACAUUGACCUGUCUGUUUUCAAACUUUUGAACAGCACAACAAAAACAAAUGUAUCUAAUGCUUCCAGUAAUUGCACAUUGCAAGAUAUAUCCAUAAUUCAAAAGUCUGCAAGUCUAAAUCAUAUAGAUGCUGCAGAUAUAGUAGAAGAAAUUAAACAACGCAUAGCAGAUUCAACUACUAUUAAUGUUGAACAGCAAGGAAAUGUUAAAUUUGGGAUGUGGGUUUCUUUCAUGGAGAUUUAUAAUGAACUAAUGUACGACUUACUUGAUCUUACUCCGAUUGGCAAAGGAAAGAAACGUGCAACGUUAAAGCUGGGCGAUGAUAAAAUGGGAAAACCAUAUGUAAAAGGUUUAACUGAAGUUUUUGUUACUUCAUCAGAUGAAGCAUACAAGGUAUUACGUCUGGGACAGAGAAACAGGCACAUGGCUGCCACAAAAUUGAACCAGAUGUCAAGUAGAAGUCACUGCAUUUUUACAAUUAAAUUGUUAAAGAUUGUGGAUGUUGAUGAGCCUCACGUAGCCAGAAUAAGCAGACUCUCAAUUGUGGAUCUUGCCGGUUCAGAGAGAUAUUGUAAAACCAAGGCUGAUGGAGAGCAGCUCAAAGAAGCCAGUAAUAUCAACACCUCUAUUAUGACACUUGGAAAAUGUAUCAGCACCUUGCGUUAUAACCAACUUCAUCCCAAUCAUCCAACUAUUGUCCCUUUUCGGGAAAGCAAAUUGACUCGACUGUUUCAAAGUUUUUUUCUUGGGAAAGGGAAAGCCUCAAUGAUUGUGAAUGUAAGCCAAUGUGCUUCGUUAUUUGAUGAGACAUAUCAUGUGAUGAAAUUCUCUGCUAUUGCAAAACAGAUCAAAAUGAAAGCAGAACGUGCCACAGAAUUAUGGAAAGCACCUCCUUUACCAAAAGUUCCUGCAACACCCAGUUAUAAAAGACCACCGUUGUGUAUCAUUACUCCAGCAACUGCUAGUAAAAAACGAACCUUGGAAGAUCCAACAGCGUUCUCCUAUGAGGAACUAACGACGAUUGUUGCAGAGCUUCGUGAAAAAGUAAAAGCCGAACGACGAGAUAAAGCCCAGUUAGAGAAAACUAUUCGUAAGGAAGUCAGUAUGGAAAUGAAUGAACUUAUUGUUGAAAUUGAAAGUUCACAUAACGCUCAGAUGAUGGAACAAAAGCAAAACUUGGAAGAAACUAUGGAAAAACGUCUUGAUUUGCUUACUAAAACUGUAAACAGACAGAGGAAAAGAAAGAAAACUGAAGAAAGUUAUGAUGAAUCAUAUGUGUCUAGCGUUUUACUGCAUGCAGAGAAAAGCAAAGUGAAGGAAAGGGACGAAGCGAUCUUAACCCUUCAAGCAAGAGUGGCUGAGUUGGAAUCGGAACGUAAUUUCCUAAAGAAGUCAAAUACUCCAGAAAACCACUCUAAAUUAAUUGAAGAUUUGAAAAGUGAUCUGGACGAAGCAAAGGAGACUUUAAAUUUGCAAAAUGAUAACAUGAGGAAUAUGCAGCAGAAACUGCAAGAUAAAGAUGAUGAGAUUGAUAAGUUGCGAGAAGCUUUAGAAGAGGAUGAACAAUCCAAUGAACAGGAGAAAUCGAUUGAGGAACUCCAGCAACUUCUUGAGUCGACGAUAAAGGAAUUGGAAGUAGCAAGAAUAAAGCUAGACAACAGAGACAAAAGAAUAAAGGAAUUAGAAAAAAUAACAGAAGUUCAGAAAGCUGAAAAUGCCGAAUUGGUUAAAUUGGCAUCAAGAAGCGAAGAGUGGUACAACUUAGCAAAAGAAAAGAACGAAACAUUGUCAAAAGAAAACGUAGAUAAUGCAACAAAACUGAAAGAAGGUGAUGCUUUAUUAACUAAACUUAAAUCUGAAAGCGAAGAAUUAUGUGCUAAGUUAAAAAUCAGUGAAGAUAACUGCAAAACGAUUCAAUUUGAAAAUGAUGAGUUGUCGAUCAAACUCGAAAAAUACGAAGCAUUAUAUAAAGAGCAUCAAGUUGUCUUAAAUGAAAACGAAAGCAUCAUUGAACAGUUGAAUGGGCAAGUCAAAUCGCUGAAAGAGCAGCUUUCAUUACCAAAUAUUUACAAAGAAGAAACAGAUGUUGUUUGCAAGGAAGAACCAGUUAAUGAGGUUGUGCAAUUAAAAGAAAACGUUGAAACUGCUGAGGGGAAAGUUAAAGAGUACAGCGAGAAAGUCAUUAGGCUGGAGAAGCAGCUACAAUGUUACGAAGCUGCUGCGGAAUUGAAACAUCCUGUUGAAAAUAAAAGUGUGGAUGCUUUGAAGCAGUUUACCACGCCUAUUAAGAAACACAACUCGCCUGCGAGGAGUCCAUUCUCACCGGCAACAAAACUGAAUCAAACAAACACAAUUAAAAAGCUGGAAAAACUUUUAGACGAGACAAGCAAGGCUUUAGAGAAGAAAACUAAUUUGGUUGUAACAAAAGUUAAUCGUAUACAACAGCUAGAGACUAAAUUAUGUGCGUAUGAGAAAAAAACAGGAAUGAAUGAGCUGAUUGCUGAAAGGGAUUUGUUGAAACAAAAAGUGAAUGACGUACAAGAUGAAUGUUCUAAAUAUAAAACAGUUAUAAGUGAGCUGGAAUUUCAGUUGGAAAAUCAGAAAGAAAACGGCUUUGCAUUAGAGGAUGAACUCACUACAUGGAUGAAGAAGGAGGAGCAAACUCAGGCGACUUUGAAUGAGCUCAAAAAUGAAUUGAAAAUACAAACUGAAGUGUUCGGUAGCAAAAUGGAACAGCAGCAAUCUCUGCUUAAAGAAAAGCAAAAUCAAUUGACGGAGCUGAAAAGAGAAAAGAGUGACGUACGCGGUGAAGUGCGUAGUUAUGAAGAGAAAUUGUCGAGUAUGGAGAACGAUUUAAACAGCGUAAAAAACAAGCUAGAUACUCUACAGCAAAACAACAAAGAACUUACCGAAAGCUUGCAAAUUAAAAAUACUGACUUGGAGAAUUAUAAAGAUAAAGUAAAUGAAUUAAAAAUGAAAUGUGACGAUAAAGAAAGCAUAAUUGAGAAAUUGUCAUAUCAGCAAAAGAACGCAGAGGAAAAAACUGUAAGACUGACGAAAGAACUGGAAGCUCGCCGUCAGUCACGAUUGAAAGCAACAGAAGACAUAUCCGAUUCGUAUAAAGCUUCAAUUGAACGCCUCACUAGCACGAGUGAUGAUUUGCAGGAAGAGAAUUGGGAGUUAAAGAAGUCCUUGCGCGAUGCACAAUCUAAGAUCGACAAGUUAACUAUGAAGUAUGAAUCAGAGAGAAAAGACAAAUCUGAACUUCAAGAACUUUUUAAAGAGAAAUGUGAUUUAGAGGAAAGCUUGAAAGCAGUGUUGGCCGAGCAAACUCAGAAAUUAGAUGAUCGAGUACAGAAAUUAGAGACACAACUGAAAGAAGAAGAGAAAAAAGAAAAAGACACAAACAACAAAUUAAUUGACAAAUUAAAUGAAUUGAACGAGUUAAAAAAAGAAAAAGAAGACUGUCGAAAUCAAGUGCAUAAAUUAGAACGAGAAUUGGAGUUGUCGGAAAAGGAAAAAGCCGAUCACUUCAAAACAAUACAUCGCUUGGAACAAGAACGAACAGAAUCACAAGCUAUCAUUGAUUCUUUAAAAGCGGAUUCCAGUGAAACUGCAGAAGUAAGCACGUUGAAGAGCGAGGUAGAAUGUUUGCAGAAUCAAAUCACUCAAAAAGAUAAAGAGAUGAAUAAAUAUAAAAGUGAGCAUGCGCUGCAAGAUGAACAAAUUGUUUUGUGCACUGAAGAAAGUAAAAAUUUAAAAGAGAUGCUGGCUGUAAAAGAAAAGGAAUUAGAGAAAGUAACACUCGAGAAGAGGGCGGCGUUAGAUGAGAAGAGGGCGGCGCUGGAUGAACUGCGAAGACAAGCAGUGAAACCUGCAAAAAGGCCAUUGCUGGAAAUACAUAAUAUUACAGAUUCUCCCAACACGCCCUCUGACCAAGAUGAUCCAGACUUUACGCCAGCAAAGUUAAGGAAAAUACCGGCAACUCCAUACAGAAAAUCAACACGAAGGGCGACAAAGGUUGACGACACAUUAAACGUAAAAAGUGUAAAAAAUGUCACUGAUUUAACGCAUAGUGAUUCUGGUGCGCCGCAAGAUAUCGAGUUACCAAGUGCGGAAGAAGAAUCAUUCGUCUGUUCUGUUAGUGUGGCGUUAUCUCCUUUCCAUUCGAUAGUUGAAGAAAACGAGGAAGUAUUUUGUGACAACAAGAUUAAUAUCGUUGUUGGUAACUUUGUUGCAUUGAGAAGCGAAGAGUCGGACGAGACGCCAAUUAUUGGCAAAGUUGUGGAUGUUGACGGUAGCCAUUUUACUUUUGAACGUUGGCAAGGUGGAUAUUCCAAAGUAUGGAAGGUUUACAAAAAAGAUGGUCAUCCCGUGCAUGAUCGAAUACUUCUAAAACAGAUUCUGCAUGAUAAUGUGCGCUUGACCAACUUUAAAAGAUUGACUGUGGAUGCUAAACGAAAGUUACAAACCUUAUAUAACGAAGAAAGAUAAUGAACAUCCAUAAUUUUACUUUUAUUUUGUAGUUGUAGUUUUUUAAUUUGUAAUUUUUUAUAUUUAAACAUAAACAUCCAAUAAAUAUGCUUAAACUCGUCACUAUGCGAAUUUUGCGAUAAAUGUUUCAAUAUUUAUGCGUGAAGUGUGAAAAAAUAUCCGUGCAAAAAGUGUGACGUCACGUCAAUAUAGGGUAGUCACAAAUAUAGCAAAUUCUAGAAGACGUGGUAUUUGAUAUUGUCAAGCAAUUUUGGACUUAGCUUUAUUCGUCGUAGAAUCUGUUUUAAAAUUUCUGUGGCCACCCUGCGAAAUAUUCUUGUAUAAAUUUUUAUCAGUUUUGAUUUACAGACAGACUUAUGUUUCAGAAAUAUAAUUUAAAAAAUUAUUUUUA